AAAGAGUGGAGCAGAAUCGAGAGGAGGGAAAUAGACAGAAAUAAAAGGAUACAGGCAUAAGAAAUAGCACAAUUCAGGUGAAAAGAAUUUCAAAAUUACCAGUGAGGUUUAGACAACUCAAGAGAACUCUCCAUGGACACUCCACUGCAACCAGCGGAUAAGAAUGUGCCAUCUGCUCCUGCAGAUAUUUCUCAAGAUUCUUCGUUGGGUACUGUGAAAGUAAAGAAGGGCAAAAAACGACUUGCAGACGUUAAGUCAUUCAGUCUUGAAGAACCUCUGCCGGGGUAUGGUGGUGAGAAAGGAGAGAAAGCUGGAAACUUGAUCAGAUCCAAAACUUAUGAACAGACUUCAUCAUUUAGGACGACUGACGAUGUUCCAGCAGACAGGCGCCGUUCUAUCACUAGCAAUCUACCGAAACAUAACUGUACAUUCCACAAGAUAUUUCGAGAAGUUUCUGAAGAUGAAGAGUUAAAAGAUAGCUUUACUUGUGCCUUCCAAAAAGAGGUCUUGUACCAAGGACGGCUCUAUAUCUCCCACUGCCACUUAGCAUUUUUCUGCAGCAUGCUUCGCAAGGAGAUCAAGGUUUUGAUUCCUGUCAGUUCCGUGUCUAUUGUUAAAAAAGCAAAUACAGCUUUACUGGUGCCUAAUGCACUGAGUGUUCGAACCAUUGACGGAGACAAGUAUCUUUUUGGGUCCCUGCGUAACAGAGAGAUGUGCUACCAUGCAGUUCGCUCUGUGUGUCCUAAUCUCCAAGUAAAGGAUGGCAGUACUUGCAACACUCCAUCGGCAUCUCCUGCAGAGCCAAGUUCAGAACAGAGCAGCAAAAUUCUGAAUUCCAGCCAUUCUGACCUAGAACAAACACUGCAUGAAUCAGACAGCACAGAGAACUGCAAUAAAGACCUAGAUGAUAUGUUUUCUCUGCAAAGCCAGCUAAGAUCUAACAAUGAACUGGAUGGACAAGCCCAAGAUGUUUUUCUGAAUGGGGAUGUUUGCCAAGAGAAGUUGACUUCAGACAAUGGUCACACACAAUGGGCAGAUCAAAGGGCUGUGAAUACUCUCCUUGUUAUUUAUAUGCUGCUGGUUUUACUUCUGCUCUUCUCAUCAGGAUAUAUUGGGUUGCGUAUUAUGGAGUUGGAGAACCAACUGAACAUCUUGGGUGCUUGGCCAAAAGAAGAUCAAGCUCCGGGAUCUCAAGAUACUUGAGGUGACAACAUUGACAAGAUUGCUAGUCCUAUUUAUUUCUCAAUCUACUUGGAAGUGACUUGUGAAUUAGACCAUGAUGCGUGCUGCAAUGAAGUCUCAAAAUCAUGGUUCAAUUGAAGAACACAGGAUUAAAGAGUGAAGGAAGAAAGAAGACAACCACUCCUUCCAGAGUGACAUUCAGAAAAAAACUGCACUUUGUGUGGCCUGCUAUGGCAAGAUUAGCAGUGAUCUUCAGGAAGUCGUAGCAGAAGUGAGAUGAGGAAGACCUGCUGUAAUCUAUUGUGAACAGGUUGAUCUUCAGCUGGACAGCGAAGUUGCACAAAGACACUUUUUACAGGUUUACUGUUUUCCUUCAACAUGAAUGAGAACCCAUUUAGUAUUUCACACACUCAGGUAUUUCAUAGCUUGUGUCUGUGCAGUAGUGAAUGUCUCAAAGGCAAGGGAUGUGAGUAGAUUCUGAAUAUCUGUAAAUAUGUGUAUGUUUUCUCACAAUGAGAAUGUCGUAGAAUUAUGUGUGUAUGUUUGUCCUCUGCGCAAAUGGAAUCUUGCCCAGCAGAAUAAAAGAUCAUUCGAUAGUAUACAGGAUCAGGUGCUAAGAACCAAAGGGCCCAUAUCUACCUAUGCAAUAUAAGAAAUCCGGCGACAAUGUGGGCAGUGUUGUUGUUUGCCCUUAUCACAAAUGAACUCUCUUCAUAAAAGUAUUAAGCACAAUUCUUGCCAUUUCUUCAGUUUUGAAGUUAGAUAGCGCUUUAAUAGAAUAUCCUAACUGCAGUUCCAAUGUUAUACCUUCAGUACAAUUUAAUCUGAAUAUUUCGCCGACGCCACGAUAAAUGGACAAACCAUAUCCAUUAUUUGAUAGAUAUAUAUAUAUAUAUAUAUAUCCUGAGGACUCACAAUUGCUUCACAUGUUUAAAUGGUGUUGGAUACAAAUAUUGAUCUUUUGCUAUAGAUCAGCUUUGUAAUUCAUCUAUAAAUCCUCAGUCACCUUUAAGUAAAUAUACACCUGUACUUUAGGGUACGGCCACAUGUGCAGGUUUUUGGAUGCAGUGUUUGAAGUCAAAAUCAGGAGGGCAUCAUAAAACGACAGGUACUGCAUCAUAAAACGACAGGUACUAGUGCUUCAGAAACCUGCAUGUGCGGCCAUACUGUAAGAAAUGUACCUGAAGGUAAGGCUACUUUCACAUUAGCGUUUUUGCUGGAUCCGGCAGGGUUAAG